CAUGGUUUCUGGACUUCUGCUUUCCUCCGUCCUCGGCUGAGCUCAGAGAGAUCUUUGUCCCCAGUUCUCCAUGGCAGCGCCAGAGUUCUCGUCAACACAUGGUUUCACUUACCUCACAGUGUUCCCCCCCCCUCCCCUAUCUGCUCUGAAGAGGAAACGAGAGGGCAGUUCCUGUGACUCAUCUGUGGUGCCGCACGGCUCACGCAAACCCGACACAAACGCUCUUUUUCUCAGUUCCUGUGGACGGCUAGCUGUUUUUUAGAUGCUCUUUUGUGAAUAAAAUCGUCACAGACCGUCACAGGACGCAGGUUUGACUUCGAAGCGCACAACCCAACAUGGCUGCGGCUGCAUUGAUCACAGAGAACUUUAAGUUCGUGUCCCUCUUCUUCAAGAGCAAAGAUGUGAUGAUCUUCAACGGCCUGAUCGCGCUGGGGACGGUGGCCAGCCAGACGGCCUACAGCGUCUUUGCCUUCGACUGCCCCUGCUCUGCGGGGAGGAACUACCUCUACGGCCUGGCUGCCAUCGGCGUGCCAGCUCUGGUGCUCUUUCUCGUUGGUGUGAUGAUGAACAGGAGCACCUGGGACCUGGUGUCAGAGUGCCGGCUGAGAAGCUGCCGGAAGCUGUCGGGGGCGGCGGCGUUUGCGCUGGUGGGGACGAUCGUCGGGCAGGCGGUGGUCGCGCCGCUGACCUGGGUGGUCAUAUCCCUGCUGCAGGGUAAGGCGUACACGUGCGCCCUCAGCGAGUUCACAGACCCUCGGACGCUCGAGGGGUUCCCUGAUGGUCAGGGGUCAGAGGUCAUGGCAAGGUUCCCCUGCAAAGAAAGUGUUGCAGAAGCACUUCAAGGAUUCCUGGCGCCAGUGGAGCGACGUCUGAAGUAUGAAUCGCAGCUGAUCGGCUGGCUGCUGGUGGCAGGAAUGGCUCUGAUGGUCUUCCUGCACUUGUGCCUGAAGCGCUGCAGCUCGCCGAUUGGCUACCUCCAGGAGAGCUACUGGUCCGAGUAUCGAUCCAGCGAGAAGACUCUGUUCCACGACACAGCAGCCGUGCACGCCCGCCUGCUAGCUGCUCAAAAUGUGAGGAGCUUCUUUGGCUUCGUGGCUUUGGGGAAGGAGGAAGAGGAGCAGCUGGCUGAGCAGAAGAAGCUCGCCCCCAUCUGCAGCACCAACUGGGACCGAGUGACGGGCGUCUACCUGUACAGGGAGAAGAAUGGGCUUCCGCUCUACAGCAGGCUCCACAAGUGGUCCACGUACAGCCUGGGGAAUGACUUGGAGACCCUGGAGAAGGAGAUGGACAUGCUUUGAUCGCGGUUAUUACAUGAAUGUUGAGGUUGUGAUUGUGUUCACACUGGUGCCGGGCCACCAAACGUGACGUGUUUACAAGUAAAUAACCACCCAAGAUGGUCAGGUCGGGACCCUACUGAAGAAGCCUCCUCACGACUGGAGUCAGUUCAACGAUCAUGAAUUCAGGCUUUGAUGUUCGGGCUUUGUGGUUUCACACUUUUUCUGUGUGUUGAUCAAAGGUAGUUCUAAUAUUAGCAGACCAAAAACGGUUUCCUUCUCUGGAUACAAAAACAACCAAAGUCCCUUGGGAGCGUUUUACUGCAGUGUGUGCAAUGAUUGAACGAAUGAUGGAGUUCUCAGGGAGAAUAAUUCAGGCACUGACACAGCGUUUUGUAUUGGGGUGAAUGUCUAGUGAUUUGGAUCUGAUGUUCCAGUCGAUGUUAUUUUAUAAACAGG